AUGGGGUUCGUGCUGGUGGUCUCCCUGCCCUUCAUCUUCCUCUCCAUCCUUCUCGGCUUCGGCUGCUACUUCCUCGGCAAGCACAGGGGCCGGGAGGAGAUGCGGACCGGCGUCGGCGCGCAGAUCUACGGCACGCCGCUGCCGCCGACGGGCGUCGUUGGAGUAUCCUCGCCGCAGCCUGAGCUGUUCCACGCCAAGAAACAAGGGCCCGAGGCCGUCUGA